AUGGCAGUCAAAUUGAUAAAGGAACAUCGACUCUCAAACCACAGGAUUACGGUACCAAAUGUCACCACAAAUACCAACUGGGACCCGCCACAGAGCCCCUGGUACAAGGUGAACAUCGACGGCGUUGUUUUCAGCUCUCUUCAAGCUACAAGUGUCGGGGUCGUCGUUAGAGACCAUGCAAGGCAAGUAGUUGCAGCAAUGAGCAAGAAACUAUGGGUGGGACUUGGUCCAUUGGAGGUAGAAGCAAAGGCAAUAGAGGAAGCUAUUGACUUUGCCUGGGACAUUGGACUACAGGACGUGGUUUUCGAAUGCGACUCGAAGGUACUCCGUGGUGCCCUCACUAGAGCUAACACACCCUCUGUAGCUAUAGUGAAUGUCAUUUCCUCGUGUCUUCUGCGACUCCAAAACUUCAAAUCAGUAAAACUCUCACAUGUUCGACGUCAAAGGAAUAAAUUGGCUCACAUCUUGGUACAAUAUGCCAAAAGUUUAGAAAAUUUUGUAACUUGGAUUGAGGAUAAUCCUAUACCUAUUCAGUCCGCGUUGGCUCAGGAUAUAAUGACUUUUGCAUCAUAUUAA